AAGUGAAAUGCCGGUCAUAUAGAUUCUGAUUUUCCUUUUUUUCUUCAAGAAUUGAAAUCAACAAAUGGGCGAGUCAACAUUUCUUCAUUCUUCAAACAACGCAUAAAAUGAAAUGGACGUCUUUCUUUGAUGUAGACCGCGCGACGACAGAUGACGAUGAAAACAUGACCGCAAGAAGUUCAAAUAUAAAUAUCUCACGCCGCCUGUCGCCUUUGUCGUUUGGCUGACCCUUGAACCCCGGGAGAAUGGCGCUUUCUGCCCCGCUGCUGCACGCAGACACCCUCGGAAGUGGAACACCGCCACCUCUGAGACAACUGGUAGAGAAAGGAGGGAGCAGAGUGCCAAACCAUCUACUGGAAUCCAAAGUCUAUUUCAAAGAGAAGAGCAACAGCCUGAUCGAAGUGGAUCCUCCUGAAAUUCACUUCACCGGCUUCAAGCUGGAAAAGGACUACGCGAGGAGUGUGAAACUAAUCAACAUCUCAUCGCGAGUGCUGAAUAUUCAUAUCAUCCCCACCCAGUCCAAGCACUUCCGAACAACCUACGCCAAAAAGUGUCGGCUCAUUCCUGGCCUCGCCUACACAGUGAAGGUCAGAUUCUGUCCCCACGAGUGGGCUCGUGUCUCAGACUGUAUUCGGGUUCACUGUGAGGCUGACCAGAACCUCUUAAUUCCCGUUUACGCUUACCCUUCCACCGCCCAUGUCCAAGUCCCGCCACGCAUUGACUUACCACCUACACCACUCGGACAGAGUGUUAGCCAUGUCAUUCCACUGAGCUGCAAAUCUCCCAAUAAUUUGGAGUUCCAAGUGGACCUGAUUGAGCCGAAUGAGGCUUUCUCCAUCUCCCCACUCUCAGGUGUGAUUCCAGCCAAUGGUCAAGCGAUGAUCACCGUUACCUUCAAACCCUGCCGCUAUGAGACUAGUCAGGUCACUGUCCGGCUAGUUGUCUCACAGUUUAACACAAAAUCCUACCUCUGUACCAUUACUGGAAGAUCCGCCCCUCUCCUCGCUCUCAGGGAGAUGGAUCAUCGGGGCACGUCUGCUAAAAGUAAAGGAUCUUUGCCAGCCAUCCAGGUGUCUUCUCAGGUUAAAACACAAAGUCCAGUCAAACAAAAGUCCACCAAGGAUGACGUCAAAGCAAAGCCGGCACCAAAACCUCUGGUGGAUGCCUCCACCCACACAGGCGUGGCAAAGAUACUGCAAAAGGACCUUAGCAAACUUUGCCUUGAACACCAAAGUGAGGAUCUGCAGAACAGGCAGAAGAAGGAAGCACUCUUCCUGAAAAAGGUUCAACAGAAUGUUAAGGAAGAGCAAACCAAUCGCCUGCGAGUACAAGUUCAUCAAGGUAAGGACCCAGUGACGGAGGCAACCAGGUGCCAGGUCUUGGAGGAAAGAAAGGUUGCGUUACAACAGUACAAGGUCAGGAAGGGAGAAGUAAGACAGGAGGAUGACUUCACGAGUGGACCACCGAAACUUUACUCCAUUCGGCUAAUAUGCGAUGCUGGUCAGACCCCCAAGGGAGCGCCUGUCUUCCAGUUUCACCCUAGCUUCCAGUGGGAGCUAAAAGAGAGGGCCAUGAAGCUAUUUCAGCAGGCAGCACGCAAGGUUGUGAUGCAGUGUCGCUUGAAAAGAAUCCUGGCCUUUUGGAGGAAACUACCAGACAUUACAGCAAGCUUGCUCUUGGCACAGAAAGUCGAAGAAGAGGAGGCUUGUUUGAUGAAGAUCCCCGCAGACAGAAUCUUUCCGUCUUCUUUUCCACUCUACUCAGAUGAAGCUGAUUCGCUGGCUCUUCCCUUUGCUGCAGUGCCUGUGGAUGCGGUUGAUGUAAAAGUAACAACGCACGUCCCCACCUUCAAGCUCCAAGUUCCUCAAUACUACAAGACUAUGGCAUACCAGCCUGUGUCAGCCUGGGAGGCCUUUAAUUCCUUCAUCCCCACCACCCUGGCCCGGCCGCUUCGCAAUCCAGAUCCAGAUUCUGACUCCAAGCCACCCACACCAGGGCAGGACGAAGAGCAAGAUGCCAGCGAUCUUAACUUUACUUUUCCUGGUGCUCUACUUAGACCCAUUCAAGCACACCCACUCAGAAUCUUUAACCCUGCUCCUGGCCUCCAGGCCUACAAGCCGACCCCUAAAUACCUCGAAAGCGAUGUGGACUUCCAUCUCUGCCCGCUGCCUCGUUAUUCCACCGCAGAGGGCCACACAAGUGGGAUGGAGUCACAAACUUUGCAUACACAGGCUCUGGACCCAAAGGGAGAAAUCACAGGAUUGAAGACGUGGGACAAAUUUGACUUAAACACAGCAACAUGUUUUUCCAAACAGGCUGCUCUGACCAGCAACAUCCUAAAUGGUUCUACAGACUUUAAUAAAGACCUCCUUCCUGUCUCGACACCUGCUGCUUUCACCCAUCUUCCUGCCUAUCUCCCAGGAGAGGCGGACAAAAAGUGUGACUCAAAGCUGACCCCGGAGAUGAUCAGGUCAGAAUUCCUCGCUGGUCUUCAAUGACUACCUUCCACAUGGCUGUGUCCGAAGCCCGUCUGCAUUCCUGGGAGAACAACCUCGCAUCGCGAUGCGACCCGGUCGUCACAGUGGGCUUGUAAAAAAGCCUCAGGGAGUUGAACGCCCCUGCCUUACAUAGUUCCGGGUCACCCUUUGGCAAAGUGUAGCACCGGAAUGCCCCCCCGCCCCCCAUCAGGUUUAUGAUACCCCCCAUGAAAGAAACUAAGAGAGGAUGCGUUACCCGGCCCGGAGGAAGCCCGGUGCCCUCCUCCAGAGCUAGGCCCAGAGGCAGGGCUCGUCAGCGAGCGCCUGGUGGCCGGGCUAGCCACGGAGCCCGGCCGGGCACAGCCCGAAGAAGAUAAGUGGACACACCAUCCUCUCCGCCACGUGGGCCCACCACCCGCGAUCAGAACCAGUGGGGUCGGGUGCGCUGCCAAGUGGAUGGCAGUGAAAGUGGAGGCUCCAGACGGACCAAUUCGGGGCAGCAGAGGUUGACUUUUGGGACGUGGAACGUAGGGCUGGGCGAUAUGGCCUUUUUUUAAUAUCUCAAUAUUUUUAGGCCAUGUCACGAUACACGAUAUAUAUCUCGAUAUUUUGCCUUAGCCUUGAAUGAACCCUUGAUGCAUAUAAUCACAGCAGUAUGAUGAUUCUAUGUGUCUACAUUAAACAUUCUUGUUCAUACUGCAUUAAUAUGUGUUCAUUUUAUACUUUCAUGCAGAGAGGGAAAUCACAUCUAAGUCAAUUGACCAAAACUGUAUUAAACAGUUAUUAAGCAGUGGCACAAACAUUCAUGACAUUUCAAAACAGAAAGUGCAAGAUUGUCAGAGACAUUUUAAAACAAGCUAUUAGUGCACUUUUGUGCAAAAUGUCACUAAGAUGACAUAUCAAAACAACACUAAAUUAAAGUGCACUUUUUGUACAGAACGCCACUACAAUAGUUUAAAACAAAUAAAGUGCACUUUUGUGCAUGAUGUCACACAAGAUAUUUCAAUAACUGUCAAGUAAAAUGAGCUGCAUAAUAGGAAAUCAAAUAGUGUAUGUCCUUCACUAUGUGGUAGUUUACUGCGGACGUUAUCUCCUUCUGUUGUUGACUAUUAUUUCCAUACGGUGUUGAUGUGGAAAUGGUUGCCUCGGCAUUUUGUUGGUGUGGCACCGAACGGAGAUGUUGACAUGCAGAGUUUCAAGCACUCUUCAUUCUCUGGCGGGUGAUUUUUCAAAUGAUGCUACAUAUUAGCAAUAAUGCUACUUUUUGUAGCAACGCUUUUGCCCCACACUUGACAAAUUACGGUUGUCUGUUCGAUAUAUUCCCGCUUGAAGCCACACCACCGCCAGACGAUGGACCCCCAGCUGUUUUUCUUGGGAAUUAAUUCUACCAUCAUUUGUUACCAGAUUCGCACCUUCUUUCUCUUGUAUUACCACUCGCACCACAGCUAACG